UCAGCCUUUCAUCCUUGUUGUUAUUAUUUCUCAUUUAUUGUUCCUCCUGAUCAUUCAUUUAUCCAUUCUUUGGGCCCUUUGACAGGUACCAUCGUCAACCUUUUUUGGUUAUUCCAUUGGAAUCUACUUCGGUUCUCCAUCAGCCCGUCAGGUACCCCACCAAGGAACAAAACACUCGAUUAUCUUUAAACCACCAACACAAUGUCUGCUGAGCAAAACGACGAUCUCGUUGCCUCCAAGACCGAGGGUUUCAAGGUCGGAGAGAAGAAGACAAUUAAUGAAUACAGCGAGUUGGAUAAGAAUGACGAAUCCCUGAACCGCUGGAAGGCCUCGUUGGGUCUCAACACCGGUACCCCUAUCGGAGACCCCAACGACCCUAGAAAGUGCAUUAUCAAAUCCCUCGCCCUGGAGGUUGAAGGACGUGACGAUGUAUUGAUUGAGCUGUCCGCGCCCGGUGCUCUUGAUGCGCUCAAGGACAAGCCUUUCACCAUCAAGGAGGGAGCCGCUUUCCAAACCAAGGCUGUCUUUCAAGUGAACCACGAGGUUCUCAGCGGCCUCAAGUACCUGCAAGUCGUUAAGCGCAAGGGGAUUAGAGUUAGCAAGGACGAAGAGAUGCUGGGCAGUUUCGCCCCGAACACUUCGGACAAGCCCGUCUACGAAAAGAAGCUCCACGCAGAAGAGGCUCCUUCGGGAAUGAUCGCUCGAGGACAUUACAAUGCUGUUUCCAAGUUUGUCGAUGACGAUGACCACACUCACCUCCAGUUCGAGUGGUCGUUUGACAUCGCUAAGGAUUGGUAGAUUUUUUCUUCUUUUUCGGGUAGUUGCAGUACGAAACUAUGAUUAUAUCAUGAGCAGCAAUUUUUUUCUUCUUCAUUUUGAUUCAAGAGUCCCAUGUUGAACGAAUUUCCUUCUCAAAAUCUAUGGUCUCCGCUAAGGCCAGGUUAUUCUAAAUAGCACAACCAAGUUGAUAUCCACAAGGCUUUGCGUAAC